UUUUUUUUUCUCACACUUUUGUAAACAACAUGGCGGAUGUCGGAGUGGCCCAUCGAGCAGACUGAUCCCACACCGAGCUGUCAAACCCGCAGCUCUCCGGGCGAGCACCUCGUCACCGGCGGAGUCGCACCAGGAUCAAGCUGUUCUCUCGGUACCGACACACGGGGAGCUGGACCGACGUGCUGCCGAGAGGACAGACAGACACACGGCCCUCCUCAGUCUAUGGGCUCUCAGUCCAGUUCUGGGAUGUCUGGUGGAAGGAGCUCCUCCAGUGACAACCCAGCGGAGCGGUCCGAAGCAGCAGAGCAGAACCGGAGCCGCAGGACGGCGGACAGACAGUCAUCAUCAUCAUCAUCAUCUUCAUCUUCAGCAGCAGCUGCAGCAGCACCAGAGGAGGACGUCGACCUAGCUGAAGUGCUGGCUUACCUACUGAGGAGGGGCCAGGUCAGACUGGUCCAUGGCAGUGGAGCCACAGGGCUGCAGCUGGUCCAGUCAUACUCUGACUCUGACGAGGACAGCGAUGGAGCCUGGGAGGGUCGGCUGGGAGACCGCUACAACCCGCCAGUGGACACCCAGCCGGACACAAACGAAGUGGACCGAAGCGAGAUCCGAACUCAGAUCCUGCUGGCCACAGCCUCGUCUGCCCAGAAGGGCCGACACAGUUUCACACACAUGCUAGCAGAGAGGGAAAAAGGCAGAUGUAGAGGCUCCAGUUUUUCUCAUGGGGAGUGCAGUCGUAUCCGCACACAUUUCUUGCCAAACUAUGUAUCCCACAAGGACACAUACCAGCAGAAAGCUUUCUGUGGAGUGUACAGCGAGGAGGGCAACAUGUUCCUCUCUGCCUGCCAAGACCAGAACAUCCGCUUGUACGACACCACCAAAGGGCGUUUUAAUCUGCUGCGAACAGUGAGAGCUCGAGAUGUAGGCUGGAGCGUGCUCGACGUCUGCUUCACCCCCGAUGCACAACAUGUGCUCUACUCCAGCUGGUCUGAUUACAUUCAUCUGUGCAGUAUAGAUGGUGACAGUGAAAACCACACCUCCCUGGACCUCAAUCCAGAUGAGAGGAGGUUCUGUGUGUUCUCCCUAGCAGCCUCCACAGAUGGCAAAGAGAUCCUGGGAGGAGCAAACGAUGGCUGCUUGUAUGUUUUUGACCUUGAGCAGAAUAAACGAACGUUGAAGAUUGAUGCCCAUGAGGAUGACGUGAAUGCAGUUGCAUUCGCUGACGGCUCGUCCCAGCUGCUCUUCUCUGGCAGCGACGACGCACUAUGCAAGGUGUGGGACAGACGGACGCUGCGGGAGGACAGACCGCAGCCUGUCGGACAGCUGGCCGGACACCGAGACGGCAUCACCUUCAUCCACAGCAAGGGUGACGCACGCUAUCUGAUCAGCAACUCCAAGGACCAGUCCAUCAAGCUCUGGGACGUCAGGAAGUUCUCACCCAAAGAGGGCUUGGCAGCAUCCCGCCUGGCUGUCACCCAACAAAACUGGGAUUACCGCUGGCAGCAGGUUCCCCAGAGAGCCCUGAGGAGACACAAGCUGACAGGCGACACAUCGGUGAUGACCUAUCGUGGUCAUGGCGUGCUGCACACCCUCAUCCGUAGCCGCUUCUCGCCGGAGUUCAGCACCGGGCAGAGGUUCAUCUACUCCGGCUGCUCAACUGGAAAAAUCGUCAUUUAUGACGUCCUGACGGGCAGCGUGGUCUCCAGACUGUCGGGUCAUGACGCCUGCGUGAGGGACGUCAGCUGGCACCCAUACGAGGACAGUAUCAUCAGCAGCUCUUGGGACGGAGCGGUGCGAAUGUGGGAACACAGACAAACACAUCCUCUGGAGGAGGAGAGGGAGCGGGACUGACAGUGAGAGAAAAGAGACAAAAAAGGAAAAGAUGUCGGGGGAAAUGACAUCACCACAGACAGAGUAACUGGCCCCGAACAGAGGCCGACGAUAAACCCAGAAGGACUGGGAGAGACUUAAAAUAUCUUCUAAAGUUAAUGCUGGAUAUUAAUGAUUACAAUUAUAGCGUGGAUAUGGUGUGAUCUUGUAAAAGUCAGGUUAGAGGGACACUGGGGACAACCUGCUUCUGUGUUUCUUCUGUUUUUCGCCUCACUUGUCGUGAACAGAGUAAACGGGCCAAACAUUUUUCAUUUGGCCUGAAACUCUGAAAAAUGUGCUGAAGCUGAAAAAAGAGCUACACAGCACUUAGUAAACGAGCUGUUCAAAUGUAAUGGUAAGCUAGUUCAAUGUCAAAUCAUUGUUGGAUUUUGCAGGGAGCAACUGAGGAGGAUGAUUCUGUAUAAAUGUAAAGUACUUUAAUGGUAUGUGCAUUCAGGGAGUGUAUUUAGAUUGUUGUUAGUUCUGAUUUGACUUUGCUUCAGAGAUUUCACUUUCAAAAAACAUUGUAUAUGAAAAUAUGGAAACAAAUGGUGCCGUACAUGCCCUACAAUAGACCUGUCAUGUAAUUUUGUAAACCCGGUGGUCACCAGGCUGCCCAAACACACUGUUAGUUUUACAGUCGACCUCACGGUAACGUUAGUCCUUUAAAGAUGUCUUAAAGUGGAAAGCAGCUCCUGUAUUUAAACACAGCACUGGUCUUGAGCACUCAACUCUGUAAACACAAGCCCUGAGCCAAUAAAAAUGAUUGUUGGCCAAUAUAAACCUGUGAUCUGCUCAAAAAAGGUUUGAAUGUUUGUAAUACUGUGUUAAAGACAGAACUAAGGGACGGAGGAUAUGAGUGUACACGUAUACACACUCAUCUGUUUAUGCAAUUUUCAGGUGUUUAUAUCAAAGCCCAUAUUUCUCUCUCUGACCGUUGUUUUACAGUAACAAUAAAACCUUUAUUUAAAUGUUCCA